AUGUUUAUUUUACUCGGCAAUCUCGCAGUUGCAGAUAUUUGCUUUAUAUCUUCUACUGUCCCUAAACUCCUUGCUUCCCUGGCAACUCACGACGGUUGUAUCUCUCUCUACAAUUGCCUGUUGCAGUUCUUCAUGUAUUACUCUGUUGGUGUUGCAGAGUUGUGUUCCCUGGCUCUGCUCUCUAUAGAUCGGUACCUUGCUAUUUGUUACCCUUUAAGAUACAGUGCAAUUAUGACUACACACAUGUGCUCUAAGCUCAUCCUUGGUGCUUGGGCAUUUGGUUUCGUGGAGUUCUUUCCAUCUUUCCUGGCUAUGUCUCAGUUAAAAUUUUGUAAAACAACUAGCUUCAUUAAUCACUUCUUCUGCGAUGGUUCUGCGCUCUUAAAUGUGUUGUGUGCUGUCACUAAUCUUGCAGGAUAUAUUUUUUUAACUACCGCUUCCGUAGCUAUAAUAGGUUCUUUCAUCCCUACAUUGUUCUCAUACUGUUACAUCCUUUCAACAAUCUUCAACAUAUCUACAUCUAGUGAAAGAAAAAAAACAUUCUCCACUUGCUCGUCACACCUUCUUGUUGUGUUGCUUACAUAUGGAAGCUGUAUUUUCAUCUAUGUUCGGCCAGCAGGAACUAUAUCCACCAGCUUAGAUAAGACUGUAGCUACAUUUAAUAGUAUAUUUACCCCAUUUCUAAACCCAUUCAUUUAUACCUUAAGGAACAAAAUGAUCAAGAAGAGUUUAAAAUGUUUUUGUAAAUGACCAUCAGCAAGCUAUAUAGAUCAUAACAAGAGAUAAAGAGAAAUCUACAGCACUUUCAAAACAGACACUACAUCAGCAAUAAGUACAAAAUGGGCUGUUUAUAUCUUUGCAGUCAGUACAGAGAUCCCAUUAGUGCUGCUAAUCAAAAAGGUAUUAGCUAUGAUGUGUAUCUGCAGAUUUUACUUUUGCUGUAUGCAUGGUUCCAUUGGUGGUAUAUCUACCAAAUAGUGAUGUUUAUGUAUUUAUUUUUUGUAUUUGUGUAGUGGAUUUUCCUUUUAAGAGUGCUAUGAGUGAGUAUUAUCAUAUAUUCUGUAACAUAAUAAAGCAUAGUGUACUGACUCAAUUGCACAGUAAUCUAGAUUUAAAAACUAACAAGUUCAUGUCUAUCCAGUUAGACCUUUCAUACCAAUGUUUCUGCUGUGAUUCAGAAAAAAAAAAACACACAAAAAAAAAACAUGUUUAAAACAAGUUUAAAGUUAAAUUCCAAGUGUGUCAGUGUAAGAGAAAAAAAAUGUUUUUACUUCUAAAUGGAAAUAGAUUUCUCCUUUGGUUAAGCAUUUUAUCUAUUACAUGCAAUCUGGUUUCUGUAGAAAAUAAAAUAUUAACUAUAGUUUUUGUAAACACUGGAGAUAAAAUUAUUGAAUUAAACAUUUUAGAAGUGAAAUAACUAUAUAUACAUUUUUAAUGUUUUUAGAUUUAUGGAACCCACAUAUUUUUUUUAUUGUAUAAUGUCUAAUAUUUAAGAUAUAUGAGGACUGGGCAGCUGCAUAAAAUUAAUCAAUAUUUGUUAAUACUUUUUUAAUACAUUUUUUUGACCACCCUGGUAGAGAUUCACUCUAUAUAGGAAAACAUUAGGUUAGAGAUAGAAUGUAGUUGAGCACUUCAUGAAUGAAAAUGCAAUGCAUGGUGAUACAUUUGUAAAGAAUUUAUGAGGGAAAAAUAAUGAAAUCAGUCUGGGAAUGAUACAUGCAUUCUAGAAUUGUUUAUGUGCCGCAGUAGAAAAUACCUACAGCUAUUAGUCAUUCAAGAGUUAAUUCACUAAAGAAUAAUUCUGGAAACAAAACAAAUUCCACAACUUAAACAAAAAUUUGCAAAUUGGAAAAACAGCUGAACAGAAGAAUUUUUAUAAUGCAAGUAUUUUGGUUUAAAAAUAAAUCGAUUUUCAACUAACAGCAAUUUACUUUUUAAUGAAUAAAAUAAAUCAUUACCCUGUUUUGUAAAGCAUUAUAAUGAAAAUACAUAAAAAAUGCAAACAAAAUAUAAAAAGUGCCCGUCCGUGCAAUCAAGAGAACUCCCCCAAUUGAAUAUGUUUUAACAAUUUAGGAGAUAUACUGCUUGCAGCAUUUGCUAGCAGCUCUGCAGUUUGAAGCCUUUGCAAGCCUUCCCCAAUUUCCCCUCUGGGGUAAUCAGAGGCUUCUAAUUUAGUUCUCCAGACUGGCAGGGCAUCCGUGGACAGGCUGAAGUGGGCUUUAUGGAUGCAAUCCAUCAGGCACACGUGUACUUGAAGAACUAAUGGAAUUAGGAAGAAAACCUUCCCUGGCUAUUAGAUUGACAUCUAAGAUAGUGUUUCUGUUAGUUAAAAAAGUGCUAAUCGUAUAGAAAUCUGGACUUUGUAAAUUGCAAUGAAUAUAAAUGUUCCCAUGUGGAGUGUUCUUUAAGUGUUUCAACCUUCAUUCAGCGCUAUAUUUACCGCGAGGCUUACAAGGCAUUUGCCUUGGGCGGCACUUGCUAGAGGGGAGACAAAAAAUGCCUGGUUAGCCUUUUUUUAAGGGGGCACAAGAGCUGGAUGGCAGGCCACCUUUGGGCCCCCUGAGGUGAGUGGCCAGUUCUGUCCCAGGCGGGCGGUGAGGGAGCGCUGAUCUGUGAGCCCUUCCUUGCGCACCCUGCAGUAAUGCCGGGAGCCAGAAUAUGAAGUCACUCUGGCUCCCGGUGCGGAACGGAGCUGAGCAAGAAGAGCUCAGCUGCCUAAUUUUUGCUCCAGCCAGCCCGCCUGCACGUCCACCUUCCCGCCUGCCUGCCCAGCAGCCUCAACAGCCCCACUGGACCACAAGUAAAAUAUUCACCCAGCACUCCCAAAGGUAGGGAGGCUGGGUGGAUUUAAAUUUAAAAAAAAAUAACAAUAAUCUGUGAGUGUUGUGGGAAAAUGUGUGUGUGUGUGUGUGUGUGUGUCUGUCUGUGAAUGUGUGUGUGUGUGUCUGUCAGUGAAUGUUUGCGCCUGUCUGUCAGUGAGUGUGUUUAUGUCUGUCAGUGUGUGUGUCUAGCAGUGAGUGUGUCUGCCUGUCUGUCAGUGUGUGUAUCUGUUAGAGAAUGUGUGUGUAUAGUUGUCAGUUUGUCUGUGAGUGAGUGUGUGUCUUUCAGUCUCUGACAGUGUGUCUAUGAGUGAGAGUGUGUCUGUGAAUGAGUGUGUGUCUUUCAGUGUAUGUGUGUAUGUCUGUCCGUGUGUGUCUGAGUGAGUGUGUGUCUGUCAGUGAAUGUGUGUGUGUGUCUGUGAGUGAGUAUGUAUAAAUGUCUGUCAGUGUGUGUCUGUGAGUGAGCGUGUGUGUGUCAGUGAAGGCGUGUGUCUGAGUGAUUGUGUGUGUCUGAGUGAGUGUGCGUGUGUGUGUGUGUGUGUGUGUCAGUGAAUGGGGGUAGGUGUGUGUCUGUAAGUGAGUGUGUGUGUGUGUGUGUAUAUCAGUGAGUGAGUUAGAUAGUUACAUAGUUAUAUAGCUGAAAAGAGACUUGUGUCCAUCAAAUUCACCCUUCCUCACAUUUGUUUUUGCUGUUGAGCCAAAAGAAGGCAAAAAAAACCCAGUUUGAAGCACUUCCAAUUUUGCAACAAACUAGGAAAAAAAAUUCCUUCUUGACCCCAGAAUGGCAGUCAGAUUUAUCCUUUGAUUAAGCAGCUAUUACCCUACAUUGAAAAACUAUAUCAUUGAAUAUUUUGUUUUUGCAAGUAUGCACCUAGUUGCUGUUUGAACAUCUGUAUGGACUCUGAUAAAACCACUUUUUCAGGCAGAGAAUUCCACAUGCCUACUGUUCUUACAGUAAAAAAAAUGUUUCUUUGCCUUAGACGAAAUCUUCUUUCUUCCAGUCUAAACGCAUGACCUCAUGUAAAGUCCGGUUUGUGAAUAGAUUUCCACACAAUGGUUUGUAUUGGCCCCAAAUAUAUUUGUAUAUUGUUAUUGUAUAUAUUGUAUAUAUAUAUCAUAUUCUCUCUCAGGUGAUGUUUUUCUUAAUUAAAGAGGUUUACAUUUGUUAACCUUUCUUCAUAGCUGAUAUGUUCCAUUCCUUUUAUUAAUUUUGUUGCCCGCCUCCUCACUGUUUCUAGUGCCAUAAUAUCCUUCUUUAGAACAGGUGCCAAAAAUUGCACAGCAUAUUCAAUAUGUGAUUCAUAAAGAGGCAAAAUGAUAUUCUGAUCCCGAGAAUGAAUGCCCUUUUUCAUGCAUGACAAUACCUUACUGGCCUUAGCCACUGCUGAUUGAUAUUGCAUAUUGUUGCAUAGUUUGUUGUCUAUAACAAUUCCCAAGUCAUUUACGUGUGUUGUUAUCCCUAAUUUGAUUCCGUUAAGGGUAUACGUUGCUUGUGCAUUCUUUACACCUAAGUGCAUAACUUUGCAUUUUUCAACAUUAAAUUUCAUCUGCCAUUUGAGUGCCCAGUCGCCCAGUCUAUCUAAAUCCCUCUGCAGCAAAGUAAUGUCUUGCUCACAUUGUAUUACUUUACAGAGUUUUGUGUCACAUACAAACACUGAAACAUGACUUUCAAUGCUUUUUUCAAGAUAAUUUAUAAACAUGCUAAAUAGAAACGGUCCCAGAACAGAACCCUGAGGGACAGUACCAUUGGCGGAUCCAGAGCCUGAUCUUGGGAGGGGCACUUGUAGAUUAUUUAAAGAAAUAAUCCAGACACAAUAACCACUACAGCUCAGUGUAGUGGUUAUGGUGUCAAUACUCCCGGGACUCCCUGCCAGAGUAAGUAGUCAAACCGUUUAAGAACAGUUUGACAACUUACCUGAGGUCUGCUGGGAAAUGGGGCCAUAGUAGGGCAUAGGAGCAGUGGUGUGUGUGAGUGGUGCAAUGUGUAAGGGGUGCUGUGUGUGUGUGUGUGUGUGAGGGGGACAGUGUGUGAGCAGUGUGUGUGUGAAGGCUGUAGUGUGUGAGUGAGGGCGGCAGUGUAUGUCAGGGAUGCAGUGUAUGUGUGGGGCAGUAUGUGUGUGUAACAGUUGCAGUGUGUGUGUGUAUGAGUAUUGCAGUGUAUGUGUCUCUGAUCUCCCCUCCGGUCCACGAAGGCACAUUGCAGGGCUGGUGCCUUCAUGUGCUGGCAGGGGAGAGGGAGACCGUCGGUUUUCCCUGGAUCCGCCAAUGGACACUACUUGCCACCUCUGUCCAGCUUGAAAAUUUACCAUUAAUGAAAACUCUUUGUACUCUAUUUGUAAGCCAAUGUUCUACCCAAGAACAAGCAUUUCCCGAUUUCUUUGAGUGUGAACACUAAUCUAUGGCAUGGAACUGUAUCAAAUGCCUUGGCAAAAUCCAAAUAGAUCACAUUCACUGCAACACUCUGAUCAAUACUUCUACUUACUUCUUCAUAGAAUGCAAUUAAGUUAGUUUGACAUGACCCGUGCUUCAUAAAACCAUGUUAUUCUCAAGGUAUUCUUGAAUAUUAUCCCUUAAUAACCUUUCAAAUACUUUUCCAGCCACAGAAGUUAAGCUCACAGGUCUAUAAUUUCCAGGCAAGGAUUUUGAACCCUUUUUGAAUAUAAAGGAACACUUCCUGAAAGAAAAGAAUCUUGAAAGAUUAAAAACAGAGGUUCACUUAUUUCUACACUUAGUUCCUUAAGUAGUCGUGGAUGAAUACCGUCAGGCCCUGGAGCUUUGUUUAUAUUAACUUUCUUUAGUUGCUGCAGCACCUGGUCUUGAGUUAACCAAUUACAAUUUUUCUGCAAGUUUUUAGCAGCAGCCAUUUGCACAUCUAUUGCCAUGGGUUCUUCCUUAACAUAUACCGAGGAGAAAUAGUUAUUUAAAAUAUCUGCCUUUUCCUGGUCUUCAUUAACUAACACCCCCAUUCCAGUUUUUAGUGUACCUACACUUUCAUUUUUUUAGAAUUGAUGUACUUGAAAGAAUGCUUUGGGGUUGGUUUUGCUCUCUUUGGCUAUCAUUUUUUCAUUUUGAAUUUUACCGAAUCUAGUCGCCUUUUUUUUACGCAUUAUUGGCUUCCUUAUAUCUUUUAUAGGAUGCAUCUGAUUUGUCUGAUUUAAAUGCUUUAAAUUGUUUUUUUAUUUUUAAUCUCUUGUUUUACUUUUCUACUAAGCCACUUUGGUUUCAAUUUGUUUCUUUUAUAUUUAUUAUCCAGUGGUACAUACUGAGAAAUGUGCCUUUCUAAUAUUUGUUGAAAGAUGUUCCAUUUAUCCUCAGUGUUCUUUUCACUAAAGAGUUUAUGCCAGUCAAUACAUUGCAAAGCUGCCCUUAACUUAUAGAAAUUGCCCUUUUUAAAAUUAUAUUUUUUAGUAUACCUCAUGUGCUUUUGUUUUUUUUUUUAGUUUAUUUAAAUGAUACUAUAUUGUGAUCACUAUUUCCUAAGUGCCCACCUACUUGAAUGUUGGUCAAAAGAUCAAUGUUGUUUGUUAGAACCAGGUCCAGACAAGCAACCUUUUUAGUUGGUGCUUGUACAAGUUAUGACAUGAAGGCGUCAUUUAACAAGCUCAAAAACCUCAUUCCCUUUGCUGAGCUACUAGUCCCUCUGUCCCUAUUUAUGUUCGGGUAAUUAAAAUCUCCAAUAAUUAAAGUGUUACCCAGAUUUGCAGCUUUCUCAAUUUGCUCAAACAGCUGUUGUUCCUAGUCAAUAUUAACAUUAGGUGGUUUAUAACAUAUGAGUACAUGUCUGUCAGUGAGUGUAUCUGUCAGUGAGCCCUGGGAGGGGAUCCUUACACGUUCUUUCAAAGGUAUGGUAGAGAGGGCCUCAAAAACAAAACAAAAACAUUAUAAAUAAAAUUAAUUUGUGAGUGUGUGAUAGAAUAUUUAUGUGUGUCAUAUCAGUGAGAGUGUAUGUCUCUCUGUGAGUGUUAAUGUCAGUGUGUGUCUGUCAGUGAGAAUGUAUUAGUCUGUCAAUAAAAGUGUGUGUUUUAGUUAAACAUUGUGUGCAG